CUCGUUUCUACGUUUCUAGGAUACAGAGUGGUUGAGUUUUUUACGUGAACAACAGACUCUCUGGUCUCUGCUGGCCUCUGCUGGUGCUGGAAAUGCUACCGGCAGAAAGUCUCCAUCUGCGGCAUGUGCUGCAGACCGUGUCGGUCCUGGAGGCGGUAAUCCUCCGCAGCUUCGGGCCAGACGGAGGACAGCUUCUGUUCACACGCGACAGCGGACAGGUGAUGCUGACACGCCACGGAACACGCAUCCUCACGGCUCUACGGUUGGAGCACCCGCUAGCCAGGAUGGUGGUGGAGUGUGUGUGGAAGCACAGUGCUGCUACAGGAGACGGCUCAAAGACCUUCAUCCUGCUGCUGAAGGCCUUGCUCCGGAAGAUACACACGCACACCUCCCAAGGACCGGGGGCUGGCGCCGCCGCCAAGCGACUGGCUGAGGAGCUGCUGGCGUUUGGGCUGGAUGAGCUGGCUGACGUCAUUGACGUACGAGUGAGCCCGUAUUGCUCAGGCCUCUCUGAGAGGAAAGACGCUACAGACACAAACACUCUGCAGAGUCUGGUGGGAGGAUUCUUUCACACCCGUCUCGGACGAGGCCACUGUGAAAUCAUCCAGCGGCUAACCUCUGAGAUGCUGUCUCAGUGCACUUGUCACGACAACCUCCUUGUUACGUCACUCAGGUUUAUUGACGCACAUUUCCCUGCACUGCACACGGCUAUAUCGGGCUUCCCCAUUGGUUCCUCGCGUGUUAUCGAGGGGCAGGUGAUACACAGGGACUUCUCCACUCCCCACCCACCUGGCGACCACCGGCCAAUCAAAGCGCUGAUGGUGACCGAGCCUCUGGAGCCGGAGAUCCUGAAUGGAGGAACUGUGCUGGAGCUAGACAGGAUUGGUGGAGGGGGUACAGGAGUGGGCGGAGUCUUUGCCUGGGCGCAGAACAGGUUAAAGUGUGUGUUUGGGGGCCUGCAGAGUUUAGGCGUCACUCUGCUCCUCUCCUCGGUGAAACAGUCAGAUGCGACCCUGGCUUUAGCUCGGCAAGCUGGGAUGUCUGUAGUAGAAUGUGUACCUGAGGAUGAGCUUUCUCUCUUCGCUCGGCUCAGUGGGGCGGAGCCUGUGUCCGACUGGAGUCUGAUUGGCCGGCAGAACGUUGCAGCGCUGACCUUCUGCCAACCGAUCUUGCUGGGAGCUCACAGGUUUGUCCAUGUGGAAUAUCCUAGGUCCACAGAUGAGGGUAAUAUACAGCCCCCCAGUCUGGUUGUGUGUGGUGCAGAAGAGGGGCAGACUGACCAGUGUGUGUGUGCACUGCGAGAUGCUUUCCGCAUGCUACUGACAACCUUGGAGCCCAUACGCGGGACGGGCACCAGUGAUAGGGGGAGAACCCUACACACACACCGCACCAGGAACACGAACAAAGACACGCACACACUCAGGGAGCCACCCGGGGAGGGUGUGUUGGUAUCUGGCCGUGUCAUCACCGUAGGAGGGACCUUUGAGUGGCUGUUACAUCACGCACUCCUGCACGCCCAGUCACACACUCUCUCAGACACCCACACUCUCUUUGAUGCACACACCCAGUCACGCACUCUCUCAGAUUCCCACACUCCUACACACACAAACAUAGGUAGCCAUGCCCAUAGCAGGAUACUGGCGGAGGCUCUUCUGAGCGUGCCCAGACAGAUCUACUCUCACAGCCCUCAUUGCUACCUACAGGCACAGACGCAGGCUCUGAGGUGCUUGCACGAUGGCGGUCGCACCAUGGAUGGUUCUAGAACGGUCAAGACGGAGUUGGGGCCAAGAGAGACGAGUUCUGGUUCUGUGUUUGGUUGUGGUCUGGAGUCAGUGGCCUGUAAAUACCGUCUGAUACUGGCCGUGCUGCAGUGUGUGAGGAGCCUGCUACGUACGGACGCCAUACUCCACACGCACACACCUUCACACGCACACUCACACAGACAUUCAAACACACCCCAGCAGGAUUCGGAGGAAGAGGACUGAGUCUGAAUAAAGAUACGCUGACCCCAACACAGUCGCCUUUAUUAGUAACUAACUUUGUGAGUAUUUUUCUACCAAUUUUAACAAGUUUGUAUCCAAUCCAUAUUUUUGGUGGUAAGCAUCUGAUUGCAGUGUUUAAUGUCUUAUCACGUGAUAACGGUUCAUGUUUGAGGUCCUAUGAUAUUUGUGUCAAGGACACAAUGUAUAAAGGAAACCAUGCAGGAUCGGUUUAGUGAGGAAGGGUUUGUUUUUGUUGGCUACUUGUGUUGGACUUCUCAUCAUAGCUCUAAUGUUAUCAACAUUCCUCUGUCUUAUCACUGACCUCCUGCCCAGUUUCAAUAACACACACCAUGUUACACACAACCCAAAUACACACACACAUCCUCACACUGCUGUAAUCACUGUUAUCGGGUCAAGAGAAGGGGAUGGCAGGGAGGGUAACACCCAGCUGUCUGCACUCCAAUCACAGCACACUUCCUGCUCUCAACUCAAAUGGCCACAAGAUCCAGCCAAUCACAAAAUUCCUCACAUAAACAACUCUGAACAUGAAAGGUGAGUUAUUUGCGUUAAACACGCACACAGUUUGUUCCCUUGGAUGUGAUAUGGGUUUAUACCUAAAGGGAAAUGUCUGGAGAUAACAAUCCUUACCUUUGGUCUUUGUGAGUCAUGCCGUUCAAAAGAAAUCUUUUAAGACAUAGUGACUCAAAGCAAGAGAAUGUGUUUGUGUGUGUGUGAGAGAGAGAGCAGGGUAAAAGAGAGGUCAGGUUGUUAUUUUCCAGCAAGUGAAAGGAAAGUCAGUGAAAGGUUGUUUAGAGUCCUUUCCAGGCCCAGGACAUUUUUAUUCUCAUGCACGCACACUCACAACCCUCAUACUGCCAACCCAAGACAACCACAAUGAGAGGUUUGGAGAUUACAAUUUAUUUGGCUGUUACAACGUUCAUUACAACCUUGCUUCUGUGCAACAAACAAAUCGACCCAAAGUGUGAGAUGAACAAGACAUUAUAAAAGUGGACAUCAUUCAGCUUACUAGAAUAAACCAAAUGCACCAUUAACAACCUACAACUCGUUAUUUAGAAAUCUUUAACAAAAAAUCAAAAUAAAGUUAUACAAAAGGAGUCAGAGGUUUCAAGGCAUAUUUUUUUUUUAGAACGGCAGUAAGAGAAAGAGAAGAGAGAAGUAGGAAUUAAGAGGUAGAAAAGGAAGAAAGGUGUAACUACUGGAGCGACCAGGCUGCUCCUCUACCACACACCACUGUUCACCACUGUUUACAUCCUGACAUCCUAUUGGCUUUUAGUCACCGUGGUUUGUUUCCAUUAGUUUUGGUUAAGGAAUUCCACUGGCCAAGUAGAGUGUGUUCUGACCUUAGCCAAGAUUCUCCUGUCUAAUCUGAAUCUCAGUAGAGAUGUACUGUUAUUUGGUGUAAAUA